AUGACCGACAAUCCCUCGAAAGCGAAAUUUCUUACACAAGAGGAGAAAUAUGAGACAGCUCGUCGGCUAACAGAAGACCGGAGCGCUCUUGAUGAUGAAUUCAACGCAAAGUAUAUUUGGCACGCUUUCCAAGACUGGAAGAUCUGGGUCAAUGUGCUGAUCACCAUUGGGAACUACACAAAUGUGUACUCGGUUUCACUGUUUCUUCCGACCAUCGUACGAACGCUUGGCUAUGCUGAUGAAGAGGCACAGCUCAUGUCAGUGCCUCCGUACGUUGUUGCAUGUGCCUUCUGCGUCGGCCUAGGUUACAUUGGGGAUAGAAUGCAAACACGUGGUAUAAUCAUGGUGGGACUCCUCACAACAGGAAUUGUCGGCUUAAUCAUGGUGGUUGCUAGCAAUGAUUAUCAUGUCAAGUAUACCGGCUGCGUUUUCGCAUCGCUCGGCAUUUUCGCCGCUGUGCCCCAAGGUGUUGCUUGGACCAGUGCUAAUGCAGGAGGAACAACGAAGAGAGGUGUUGCGAUUGCACUUCACGUCGGCGGCGGAAACUGUGGAGACCUUAUUGCUGCCUUCAUCUUUCUACCAAAGCAUGCCCCAAGAUACGUUCCCGGACUUUGCAUCCUGAUCGGUCUUAUGUCUAUGUCAUUGAUCCUAUCCACGUGCGUGACUAUUUACUACAGAAGAGAAAAUAGUCGACGAGACCGGGUGGGCAAGCCGCCUUCCGCAUAUUCUGACGUUGAGAUGGAGUUGGAGAAAGAGAAGGGAGACUAUGCAACAUUCUUUCGAUACGUUGUCUAG